ACUGUUGAGAGGAUGCAGUUUUACGGCACUUCUUCACCAUUUCCGGUAUAAACACAUGGACGCCUGCGCUUAGCGACGAGAACAUGCGAGGUCAAAAGUUAUGAUCCCAAUCUGCGAAAUAAACGGAACAUAACACUGAGACAUGGCCAGCUCCAUGGUGGCAGUGGGACUGGCUCUGGCAGCAGCUGGACUUGCAGGUCGUUACGCCAUGCAGGCCAUGAAACACAUGGAGCCUCAAGUGAAACUGGCCCUUCAGAAUUUGCCCAAGACGGCAUUUGGAGGAGGCUUCUACAGAGGUGGAUUUGAACCAAAGAUGACAAAGAGAGAAGCUGCUCUUAUUUUAGGUGUCAGUCCCACAGCCAACAAAAAUAAGAUCCGAGAGGCCCAUAGAAAACUGAUGAUCUUGAAUCAUCCAGACAGAGGGGGUUCUCCAUAUAUAGCUGCAAAAAUAAAUGAAGCAAAGGACCUAAUGGAUGGCCAAGCCAAGAAACAGAGCUGAAGAUGCUGAGGAUUUCACACGGCUUUUAUUCAAGCCGUUUUAUGGACUUAGUUGAGGAAGCGCUUGAUUUUCUUUUAUUUUUUUCUGAUUCUUCCCAAAUAAAAUAAAAUCACUGUACAAACUGA